CCGUGCGACGAGUUUUUUUCCCGCAACGGUCGCGCGGCGGAGGAGCGUACAUCUUUGCUGCUGCUGGUAACUGUAGUGUGUGGCCGUAGUUGUGGAAGUGGUAGGUGUUCUCUGGUUGUGGUGCGCCGCGAGACAGCAUGUCGCUUCGCGACGCUAGGUCUCAGUACACGCUCGCAGGCUGUGCGGCCGCGCUGGUGGCCGUGGUGUUUGUGACGGUGGCAUUCUGCACGCCCUAUUGGCUCAUCUCGGACGGCUUGAACCCGGGCAUCCGCAAGUUCCGAAGGCUCGGCCUGUGGGAGGUGUGCUUCGACUACUUCUUCGAGCAGUACUACCGAUACGACUACGAAUUCCGAGGCUGCCGAUGGAUAUUCGACCGCGAGUACCGGAUUUUGAGGCCCCUGCUCGAACCACCCUUCUUUGUGGCCGUGCAAGUCUUCUUCACAAUCGGCUUCACGCUGCUGCUGCUGGCAUGUGUCCUACUGCUGGCCAUGCACAUUUGUCUGCCCUCAGCGAGGACUCUCCAGUUGCUCAAGAUUGUUAUCGCCCUUCUUGUGGCAUCAGCGGUGUGCAACACAAUCGCAGUCAUAACAUUUGGCGCCCGAGGUGACGGCCGUGAUUGGAUGCCGGACCCUGACCACAACUUUUUGUCCUGGUCCUUCGCCUUGGGUGUGAUAGGGGCCUUCUGCACCUAUGUUGCAGCUGUGCUGUUCGCUGUGGACAGUCGACGCAUGGCACGCAAACUGAAUGAACAAGAGCACCAGCAACAAGCCUUUGGCAUGAAUCCAACACACACCAUGGGCGUGCCGCCCCAGACUCGUGCCUGAAAGCAUCGGGGCAUCUUGUGAUUUUGCUCACAUACAUUUGUGUGAGUCGAAAGGGAACAGCGUCUGGCAGCAACCUUCUGCCGACCUCUGUUGUGUCAGUCAACAAGGACACUUGGCUGGUCAGCUUCAUGGCAUCUGUGUCUUGUAUCUGCUGCUGAAACGGACUGGUGAUUCCGAAACUGAAUUCCUUGAUUUUUCAUUUCAGUGCAGGGUUCCCUACUCUGCUUCUUUUCAAUGAUAUAACACAGCGGCUGCAUGGGUAGAUGAAAUCAUUUAGCAGCAUAGGUUCAUCUUAGCCUACUUACAGCUGCUGACAAUGAUCAAAUUAAGCCUUACGAGGGGAUCAGUGUAGGUAUCACAAUUUUCCAAAAGACUAUAGAGGCCUAGCUUAAGAUGGCUUAAGUUGUAGUGAUGCUUAACUAUGUAUUGGGAAAUCGAGCCAUCUGUUUAGCUAGGAAAUAAAGUUUUCUGUCUGUAAUCAUUGUAACAGCUCAGGAAUGCUCAAAGGAUUCAUAGCAAUGUACAAUGUUUAGUAUUAUGAAAUCUUAAAACCUCUCAAAUAGCUUGAAAUAUUGAGUGAAGCUGCUAAGGUUGUGAAAACCAUAAAGGACUUGCUUCAAUGUAAACUUGCACUCGAGUGAAUUUCUAGAAUUCAUUUUUGGAUCCUAUAUCUUGGUUCGGGCAUGAUAAAGAAACGAGAAAAUUUUGAGUGCAUAUUUAUUAUUGUUACUUGUAUAGAUUUUCACAGCAUUUUAAUAGCUCAGCAAACUAGGUGAAUCCUGAUCAAGUAGGCUCUGAAUGGGGGCAUAGCUUCUUGCUCUUGAAGCCCCAAAUUUCCAAAUUAUAGGAAUACAGUAAAGAAAGGCGAUGUUUGAGAGCUGGAAAACCUUGCAGAAGGUUUUUAACACUAGUACAUACAUGGUGUAUGAGUUCUCUGUGUCACCUUAACCAGUGUAAGGAAUGCAGUAAUUAUUAAUGUGACAUAUUUCAAAAUUAGAAAGCUCUGAUCAUCAUUUUAUGACUUGAGACUUGCAUCAUUCCAAAAGGAGGGAUCACAAUGCUAAAAAAAAGUGAUAUAAAGAUGUUCAUCUUGCUUUAGGAUAGGACUUUAUGAAGAUGAAAUUAUAUGUAAAAAAAUAUCUUUUUGUGGGUCAGAUACUUUACAUGAUGUAACAUUGUUUUAUUCUGUUUUUAUCUCAUUGACAUAUCAUGCAUUGUGUAUGUGAAGGGAGCUAAUCGUAUUUUUUUCACAGUUCAAUUUUUUCAUCUGUGCAUCUCUUACAAGCACCAACACACCACUGUGCUUACUUUUAUAAGGAAUUGUUGGCGAAAGUUGGAAGCUCUGCGCCACAUUGUACAUUGAAUUGUUAUCUUUGAAGGUUCAUUGUUUCCGAAAUCAGUUAUUUUUACGUGGUACGUGCUGACACAUAAGCCAAGCUUACUAAGGCAAUGUUAUGCUUAGUGCUCCGAAAGAAUCUACACUGUGCAUAGUGUUCACAAAAAGUUGCCAUGGUGUAGCAAUAAACUUGUCCAUUGUUCGGGCUUUGCCUAAACAGGCAUGCACAAGAGUCAUGAUGACAAACACUGCAGUUAGCUAUAAAAAAAAACAAAAAAAAAAGUUGAAGGCGUGAGAGUAGUUGGCCCAAGUUGUCUCUCAUCAGAGAAGCAUCCCGAAUGUUAGAUACAUUCAUCAAUAUGCAGCUGCGAUGGCCUGCUGUACGCAAUUUCUUUGUCUGGACUCAGUCUAUCGAAACAGUUAUGGGCAGAUGUGAUGAAGAUAGAAUUCCUGUGUAACAUUACAUUGGUAUAUGCCCUGAGACGUACUAUUAAGAUUGUGUCCUUCAGCACCUUAGCUACCAUUCUUGUAUUCCAACUAGAACCUAUUUUUGUAGGUAUAGUUUGUUUGCUAUUUCUGCACCCUAGUAACAAGUCUUGUACUUCGGGACAUAGCACAUUACAUUCCUUUCUUAAUAAAAUGAAAUUGCGACGAAUGAAGACCGAGACGAAGAUUAGACAGGCCAGGUCAGUCACUACUGACAACUCUUAAUUGUGAAAAAUGCCAGCGAAUUAUAUUCACUCCGUCGUGCGUGCAGCAUGACACAUCUUGGAAACAACGAUUUAAAAAAGAAUGACAAUCUGUCAGCCACUUUCUAUAGGCCUGCAUUCUGCGGAAUACGAUUUUAUGCAGACUGAGGGCUCUGCAUAAAAUCUGUGCUUCCAUCAUGAUAUUUUCUGAGACGUUUUCAUGAUGGGCCAUGGCAUGUGCACGACAGAAAGUCUGUCUGCAAGUUUUUCACGAUAAAGAUUUCUCUGCAGCACCUGUCCUAGUUUUUCACAUGUUUGUGUUUGCAUCCAAUUGUGCUAAUUUUACUUUUUUUUAAAUGCAGGGCCAACUAGCCCAACAGUCUUCUCUACUGCAGAUUACAUUCCAAUGUGGUGUUUUACUUGACACAGAAAUGCCCAAGUAGUGUGGCACGUGACAUGUUCUGAGGGCAUCCGUACACACUUUGGUGUGCACUUCAUCCUGCUGGUAUAAUCUACUCUGUGAUUUUUAAUUUAAAUCUCAGCCUGAUUGUGUCAUGUCUAUCCAUCUUUGUCUUUAUGGCAGCUCAAAAUUACAUUUACAAUCUGCCUUUAUUCUCCUGAGCUUGUCGGACUACAACUGCAUCGAGGUGAAAAAGCAAAGUGAUUUUAUUUUUUCAUCGAAACAUAUUGAACGAGAGAUUCCAAAAAAACUUUGCCUCACUGCCCCAUCCGUCCAUUGAACUCUGUGCAUGCAUUCCACAAGAGGCUCUAUUUUUUAACGUGUUCAGUGUGUGUGUGUGUGCCAAUGUGCUUUUAUAGAGUAGGUUCUGGCUGGUGCCAUGCUGCUGGAGCUUUUUGUUGCAAAAAUAUAUACACAAGUGGUGCAUCAUUCUUGCACAGCAAUUAUCCCUACAGUUUUAUAUCUGUAGGAAACAUUUGUAAAUAAAGUAAAUAUCGUGUCUUGCAUUGUUUUUACGUUGCUGCCACCUCACGUAAAAAUUUAGCGGAAGCAUUGCUCAAAGCAAGAAAAAAUGCAUUCAUGUCCACACUAGGUUGUGUAUUGAAAUGCACUUGUCAUAACCUUGUAUGGGUGCCGUGCUUGUCUCAAAUCAUUGCGCUGGCACGUGAUGGAUUGUUUUCCCUGUUUCUGCAGAAUAAAGAUGUGAUGACAAGCAGA